AUGCUAGCUAUAAACGACUUAUAUUUGAGCUUUAAUGGGCUAAUCAGUGAAAAUAAUCAGUAUUUGCAAAGUGCGGUUGAUGGCCAAAUUAAUGUGAUUAUAGGAAUUUUGGGUGGUUUUAAUUUGAUUUCAUUUAUUAUAUACUUUUAUUUUAGGAAAAUUAAAUCUUUGAUAAAAAUAAUCCCUAUCGCUGAUAUAAUAAAUAUAGCUUUUCCUACAAUAGUGGUUUAG